AUGGUACAUCCAGGGAGCAGUAGAGAGAGAGUGUGGGUGGAGAGCGAGAAGCGCGAGAAGGGGACACAGGGGAAGGCACUUUGCGACCCAAGCAAGACAGCACCGACAGCCGCUGCUGCUUUUGAGUCAAAUACUUCAUCGAGUACAGGAAACGAACAUACAGCCGGUAGGGAAGCUGCAGACAGUCCUAGUGCUGGAUGUGCUUUUGAGCAGAAGGUAGAAGGGAAACUGUGGUACGACGUGCUGCCAACAGUGCUGCAGAAAUUCAAGAAGCACGACCGCGAGCAGAUUAAACAGCUCAUGUUGCCGCGGUGUGCAUUGUGCGAACGGGUAAAGGUCAACCAAAAGGCGGUGAUCGAAUGCCAUCAGAAAGAAUGCUCGUUGUUAAACCGUCCUCUGUGUUUGGUAUGCUGGAAGUCGACGCAUUUGUCGCGUGACGACGCACAUAAGAAACACCAUAGCCGACCUACUUCAUUGUGUCCACAGUGCCAACUUGACCAAGUCGAGUACUGGUGUGCAGAGUGCGACUUGAAGUUUUGUAGAGCGUGCUUUAAGCAGAUUCACAGCGUGCAUUCAGCAAAAGAUCAUCGCAAAAUUGCCACUGAAGAUGCGCCCGGAACCUGCCUCGCACAGUCUCAUUGGUCUACGUCUUUCUACGAGACGAUUCGCCAUUUGAUUGCUUCACGAAAACUGAUGGUAGCUGAAAAUACCGGUGGUAGCACCAGCAGCAUCGGUGGAAAACGGAAACGCGAGAUUGAAGUAAUUGUGAUUGACAACGACGACGAUGACGAGCAAUAUGAGCCGGGAAUCAUCCCAUCGUCCAGCAACCAAAGCCCAGAGCAACAGAUGGGUGCCUCCGGGCCGACAGCAGUUCGGCAAACUAGCAGGAGCAAUGACAUGUAUGUUCUGCCACAGCGGAAUACUUCAGCCGACACUGCUGACCACACCCCGGCCGCUUAUGGAACGGUGAUUGAGCCUUUCCCGUUCUUUGAAGAGCCUAUUCAAGCGACGUCAGUACUACCGACACCUUAUGUUUCACGGGCGAAUCCAUCGUACAGCACGUCCAGUUCGAAAGGCGUCAACAAUGUCACGUCCCAUGCGAGUUCAGGUGUACAGUGGAGUGAUAGCAACUUCUCAUUCGGGCUGUCGCCACUGGCACGGAAUGGGAACAGAAGCUCCGUCUACGCGACGAAUGUUAUGGCCGACAGGGACACGCUGAGCCCCGCACCUGCCAGUGCCGACCCACCGAUUUGGCCGCCCACGCAUAGCAUCAGCCCAGGCAUGGCUAGCGCAUUGAAUUCAAGCACUGUUCAACCGUCCGGUGGCGCCGUUUUUGCGGAGAAUGUGCUCGUUGAUUCGCUGGUGGAUCGCUAUCACGAAGUAAACCAGAAUGUGGCGAGUAUGGAGCUACAAAGUGAACAAUUAACCAGGCAGAUAGCUCUUGCCGCGUGCCAAGGACCAUACAGUGCGAGACCCAUGAUGGAUUUACUGAACAAGCUACAGCCUGCGCUAGAAGCUGCAAAGGGUUUGCGAGAUAAGCUCCUUAUUGCGAUGAUAAUCCAGUCCGACGACAUCAUGGCUGCUGUGCGUCCUCUACGGCUCUCGGAACUCGGUGAUGUACCACAGGUCCCGUCGAUUAGCCACCGUAAGUGUCUGCAGUUUUCGAUUGAGAUUAGCCGGCACAAGAAAAAACUUGUCGAGUUGAAUCAAAGGAUCAGUGACACGCUUACCAAGUCUUACGCCGUGACCUCCAGCACGGAGAACUCGCUUAUUCAAUCUGCCAGCGCCGAGAUCCAAAUGCACGAAAGGAAUAUCGCGAGGCUAAAGAAAGCUCGCAAUGUGGAGUUUGUGCGAAUCGUGCAGUUCAGUAGCAACAUCCGUGAAGCGCUAAAACACACGUUUCAGCGGACCUUUGAAGCCCAGCGCCAGCAGCAGCAAUUACAACAAUUCCAGCCGUUGUGA